GCAGCGUCGCUCGCUGUCAUUCCUCAUCCAAUUAAAUUACUACAUACUGUAUAAAACGCGAGUGAGUGUGUGUGAACUGUACUAACUUGAGUGUUAUACCCUCCCUGUUGAACUGUUCAGUCAAGGUCAUCAUUUGGCAAUUUGACACCUGUUGUUUGUAUACUAUAUGUACACAACAGUUUAAAACUGCCGUGAACCAGAAAUGUGUUUUAACAAGAAUCUCAUAAAGUUGGCAGACUACUUCCGAUUACAUCUUGAAGAUUCACGUUGAUGGGAAAACACAACAUAUACAAGAUGAUCUGCUAUAGAAAAAUUAUGUUCACAAAACUAUUGCUGUGCUUUUUCGUGUCUAGUGUAUGGAGCAGGUCAUGGGCGAACCACCAUGACACGACAACAUCAACCACUCAAACGACACCUACCACUAGUCAAGCUCCAAAGAAUUUUCAUAAUGAUCCCCUUAUUGUGGAAACAAAAAGUGGACUCAUCAGAGGCUACGCUAAGACUGUAAUGGGACGUGAAGUGCAUAUCUUCACUGGUAUCCCAUUCGCUAAGCCACCUCUAGGACCUCUCAGGUUCCGAAAACCAGUACCCAUUGAACCGUGGCAUGGAGUGCUUGACGCCACCGCCAUGCCAAAUAGUUGUUAUCAAGAAAGAUACGAGUACUUCCCCGGCUUCGAAGGGGAAGAAAUGUGGAACCCAAAUACAAAUAUUUCUGAAGACUGUUUAUAUUUGAAUAUUUGGGUACCUCAACAUCUCCGAGUGCGUCACCAUCAGGAUAAACCUCUAGCUGAGAGGCCGAAAGUGCCAAUACUUGUUUGGAUAUACGGUGGUGGUUACAUGAGUGGGACCGCCACCCUUGACUUGUAUAAAGCGGAUAUAAUGGCUUCUUCCAGUGAUGUUAUUGUGGCUUCCAUGCAAUAUAGGGUUGGUGCGUUUGGAUUUUUGUAUUUGAAUAAAUAUUUCUCACCAGGGAGUGAAGAAGCCCCAGGAAACAUGGGUUUGUGGGAUCAGCAGUUAGCAAUUCGCUGGAUCAAAGAUAACGCGAGAGCUUUUGGAGGAGAUCCUGAACUGAUAACAUUAUUUGGCGAGUCUGCGGGAGGUGGUAGUGUUAGUUUGCACAUGCUCUCACCGGAGAUGAAGGGAUUGUUUAAAAGGGGUAUUCUUCAGUCUGGCACACUGAAUGCUCCUUGGAGUUGGAUGACUGGAGAGAGAGCCCAAGACAUUGGCAAAGUCCUAGUUGAUGAUUGCAGCUGCAAUAGCACCCUAUUACCAGUUGAUCCAAGCUUGGUUAUGGAUUGUAUGCGAGGUGUCGAUGCUAAGACGAUUUCAGUACAACAGUGGAACUCUUAUACUGGUAUACUUGGCUUUCCAUCGGCCCCAACAGUCGACGGUGUCUUUCUACCAAAAGAUCCUGAUACCAUGAUGAAAGAAGGAAGUUUUCAUAAUAGCGAGGUUCUUCUUGGGAGUAAUCAAGAUGAAGGGACCUAUUUCUUGUUAUACGAUUUCCUUGACUACUUCGAAAAGGACGGCCCCAGCUUUCUGCAACGGGAAAAGUUUUUGGAGAUCGUUGAUACAAUUUUCAAGGAUUUCUCACAGAUCAAGAGGGAGGCGAUUGUGUUUCAAUAUACGGACUGGGAAGAAAUAACAGAUGGGUACCUCAAUCAAAAGAUGAUUGCCGAUGUGGUCGGAGAUUACUUCUUCGUGUGUCCUACCAACUACUUUGCUGAAAUACUGGCAGAGUCUGGUGUUGACGUCUACUAUUAUUACUUCACACAUCGAACCAGUACGAGUUUAUGGGGUGAGUGGAUGGGGGUGAUGCACGGAGACGAGAUGGAGUAUGUGUUUGGUCACCCACUGAACAUGUCCCUGCAGUACCACACCAGGGAGCGAGACCUGGCCGCUCAUAUUAUGCAGUCAUUCACGAGAUUUGCGCUAACCGGAAAACCUCACAAGCCAGAUGAAAAGUGGCCCCUGUACUCCAAAGCGUCGCCUCACUACUACACGUAUACUGCCGACGGGCCCAGCGGCCCCGCCGGGCCCCGAGGGCCGCGAGCCUCCGCCUGUGCAUUCUGGAAUGACUUCCUCAAUAAGCUCAAUGAACUGGAGCAUGUGCCAUGUGACGGAGCAGUGACAGGGCCCUACAGCAGCGUAGCUGGUACAAUGCUACCCAUAGCGUUGCUCACUACCCUUGCUACCACCGUCACUCUGUAAAUACAAAAAAAGUAUUAAUGUUUCUCCAUAAAGACUAUGAAUGUAGGUAGAUGUGCUUCUAGACCUUCAGUGAAUGUAGGCAAAGAGACAAUAGAACAUUCUCGAUUGCUUUCAUGUUCUGUUAAUGUAGAAACCGUGAGAUAGAAUUUACGAGUGACAAAAAUAUGUCAUUGAAUGUGAAAUUUAGAUAUUUGAUAAUAUAGAAAAUCUUUAUUUUUUAAAAUAUAAGAAAAAAAUGUUAGUUUUUUUAGUAUAAGGAAUAGUUUCUUGUGUUAUUUUAUGUAUAUUUCAACAUCGGAGUGUAAAGAUUAUGCGCAAGGUGAUAUAUGUUCGACGGCGUGCGAAUAGACAAUCGUAAUUACUGAAAUGUACUGAGUAAUCCGUUUAUAUGUAUUUUCAUCUAGUAACUAAUAUAUGCGAGUUAAUUAAACUAUAUGGUGACAUUAAGAUAAUAUAUUUAAGACAAUUGAAAAGGUUACAUAAUGCAUUACGUUAAUUAGUUUCACAAUGUUCCUGUAACUAGUAAAAUCAAAUGUUUGAUGUAUCAAAAUUAGUCAACUUGUGUCAUGUGUUUCAUGUUAUGAUAGGAAAUUUAAUAAUCUUUAGACAACAUCCCUUAGAGCUGUGUGUGUACUACUAAUAAUUCUACUGAAAUUAGAAAUUGUAUGUCAGCUUUGAUUGUUAAAGCAAUGCUUUCACACACAAAAUGGGAUACAACUUACAUAUCAACGUGUGCCUCUGCUUGAAUAGCAAAUGAUACAUAUCUUUAUCGUAGAAAAUUUUAGAGUUUUAUAUUGGUAAAGCGUAUAUUGUCGAGCGUAUACUGUGAGACUAAUUUUUAUCAAUAUAUUUAUGUAUAUUUACUACUCUUAGGAAACUAAUAAUUCGUACCACUUGAUGAUCUUAUGAACUCCAAAUUCUUAUGACUUCGAACGGAUAAAUAGUAUAUUUUGUAAAUAAUCCCUUCUUAAGAAUAGGUCGCAAUCAAACACAAAUGCAUGAUUAUCACCUAAAUUGAUAAGGAGCAUAUAUAACCGGAAUAAUGUUCAUACUGUUAGUGCAGGAAUUAUUUAUUCACUGCCGCAUUAAUUUUUCACGGCUGAACCCACAAAAAUCCCAUCGAUUGUAUAUUUAAAAAAAAAAUAUGAAUACAUUCAUACUUGUUUUAACAUCACUACUAAAUUUGUAGCUUAAAAUGCUUUAAGUGAAAACGUCUUAUGAAUUUAAUAAAAGGGUAUAGCCGGAUAAGUAUGACGAUCUGGCCUCCAAAUGAGAACCUUUAUCGAAACUUAUGUUCUAAUAUCGCCUUGAUGUACAAACACAAUUUAUGUACUUUUCGCGGCCAGCUUUCGCUUUGACCUUGAGAUAUGGGAAAAAAUAAUCGCACGCAUGACUUUUAUUCAAAGUCAUAUAUCUCAAAAAUUAAUUACGCUAGAGAGAUGAGACCAACGCGAGUUUUUAGAUUACAUUGCAGAGUAUAUCAUAUAUUAUUUUCAAAUUUUUAGAGUAUAUUUAUAUAUAAAAAAAAUUAAAAAAUAAGUAAAUCAUAAUUUUUUUUUCAUGUUCUCUGAGACUUACAAUCACGAAAAUAAUAUAUGUUAUGCUCCUUUACGUGCUCUAUUACUCAUAAAAAAUUGGUAAAAAAAAAGUUGGUGCAACACUUUGAAAAAAAAAAUAAUAUGAUUAGCGCCUUCUACUAUACCCUUGUUCUAUAAGGCCUACAUUACAUUUUAUUCAUUUUUUCGAAGUGUUGCACCAACUUGAUUUUAUUCACAGGCUCGUAUCAAUUUUCACAGGCUUUAUCUUACUUGGCCGAAAUAA